AUGAUUUUUUUCUCUUUCUCUCUGAUUCAGCUGAGAUCUAUCUAUCUAUCUAUCUAUCUAUCUAUCUAUCUAUCUAUCUAUCUAUCUCAGUCCGUCUGUCUGUCUAUCUAUCUAUCUAUCUAUCUAUAUAUGCAUACAACGAGGUGGCAGCCAUUAUCUAUCUAUCUAUCUAUCUAUCUAUCUAUCUAUCUAUCUAUCUAUCAAUCAAGACUGUCAUGUAUGUAUGUAUGUAUCUCUUUUCAUACUUCUCCGUUUGAUCAUAUCUAUCUAUCUAUCUAUCUAUCUAUCUAUCUAUCUAUCUAUCUAUCUAUCUAUCUAUCUAUCUAUCUAUCUAUCUCAGUAUGCUCAUUAUCUAUCUAUCUAUCUAUCUAUCUAUCUAUCUAUCUAUCUAUUCAUUCAUUGCACUUGCUAAUUUUCCGACAUUCUUGCUUGAUAACCAUCGCACUACGGCUGGAGCUUUUGCAGCGAAUAGAGAUUGAUGAAAUGCGUCAUUUUCUCUCUUUACGUCCUUGGUUUUCUUUCUUUCUUUCUUUCUUUCUUUCAGUCUUUCUUUCUUUGGUUCUUCUAUCUGUUAUUUUUUUUUUUUUAAUAUUUCUACAUCAUUUACAUUCUUUACGUCCUUGUUUUUUUUCUUUCAUUCUUUCUUUCUUUCUUUCUUUCUUUCUGUUUUUCUUUUGUUCUUUCUGUCUUUUUUUCUUACAUUCUCAUACCGACUGUAAAAGCUUACAAAAUAAUGAACAGAAAGACCAGAUACGCAUUCAUAAAUAUACCAAUGCACACACAGGCCGUCCGUCCAUCUAUCUCGAAAUUCUCUCAUUCUCAAUAAAUUCUCUCUCUCUCUCAAAAAUUCUCUCUUUCUCAAAACUCCUCCCAUUCUCAAAAUUCUCUCUCAAAAAUUCUCUUAUUCUCAACAAUUCUUUCCUUCUCAAAAAUUUUUCUCUCUGA